AUGGUCCUCGCCCAGGACCGCGGGCCGCAGCCACCUAACACGCGGGCCUCCGCCAAGGCGCGAGCCACAGUGGAGGUCCAGGUGUACCAAGUCAACAUCCAGGCGCCAAGAAUCUCGGUGCAGCAUCUGUCCCACGUGGUCGAGCACGCUCACACCCACAUAUACGCCAUCAUCAAGGUGGACGACGAGGACGAGAGCGAGAGUGGCCGCGUGGACCAGGUGGUCAUCGUGGCCGGGGACCCCGACAGGCUCCUCAGCGUCACACAGGUCCACGGCAAGGAGUACAAUCUUGUGCUGCUCAAGCUGCUGGACCACGAGCUGGCGCCAGAAGGCUACAACCUAACCAUCCAGGCCGUCGACUGCGGGACUCCCUCGCGCAGGAUGAGAGUCAGCGUCCACGUCAACAUUGCCGACGUCAACGAUCACGCUCCGGUGUUUGCGCGGGAGCAGUACGAGGAGGCGGUGAACGAGGAGGCGCCGCCCCAAACCCCCGUCGUGCGGGUGGCCGCCUCGGACACAGACCAGGGCAUCAACGGCAGAGUGCUAUUCAGGAUCGAGGCAGGGAUUGAGGACGAAAAAUUCUCUAUAAACCCUCGCACAGGCCUAAUAUCAACGGCUGACUGGCUGGACCAUGAGCUGACGGCCUACUACACCUUGACGGUGGCGGCGGUGGACCAGGCCAGCAACGCCCUCAGGAAACAGUCCUCGGCCAAGGUUAUAAUUAGAAUUCUUGACGCCAACGACAACGCGCCUCAGUUCAACACGCCCAACACGGAGGUGACGCUGGACGAGAAUGAGCCAACGGGGUCUUACGUCAGACGCAUGUUCGCCACGCGGACGUGGGUCUGA